AUGUAUGCACCAAAUUACUCUUUUGGACAGGGGAACAAUACGCAGUCUUUCAACCCCAAUGGCGGCCAUCCACAAGCUCCCCAAAAUCUCCAUCAACCAGGUCAACAACAGCCUCAGCACAUGAUGUAUAAUGCUCAACAAUACGGGCCCGGAGGUCAUCAAUCACCUUACGGCGUAUCUGGCCCCGGCAUGGCUGGUAAUGCCGGUGGAAUGGGAAUGAUGCAGAACAGCGGUUUGGCGCACAUGCCUGGUGGAAAUGUUUCUUCCUAUCAAACGCCGUAUACAAGCUCUCCUUACGGCAGCAAUAUCGCUACAUCCUCAUCCGUCUCACACCCUACAAACUUCAUGCCGACUGCAUCAAAUGCGCCCCCACAAUAUGGGAUGAACCCUUCCGCAAUGAUACCACAACAGCAGCAGCAUCAAAUACAGCGUAUGCAGCCACCGCCAUCCUCUACACCGACGCCGACGUCGGCGACUUCCCGUGUUUCUCCCUACGGAAAUUUUCCCCAGAGCACACCACCAAGCGCGUCAAACGCACAAUUUGCUGUACCACCGAAUCCCAAUCAGCAACACCAUCAAACCCCUAAUAACAGUCAACAAGGAGGAAUGAGCCUGACUCCGCAGACCCCAAGCUUCCCGCCAGGUGUGCGAAAUUCUGAAAACGCAGGAGCUGCCAUGAGUACGCCAUUAAGUCCUGGAUCAGAGCUUCGAGAGAAGGAAAGGGUCACCGUACUACUAGAUAUCAAUCGAGAAAUGUUGUUAGAAGUAAUGCGGAUAAUAGCUCUACAGAAUGAUUUGAAGAACAACAAAACGGAGGAUCCCGCUGAGAAGUCAUCGCUUGAGGCAGAGCAUAAACUUCUAGCGAACGAAUAUAUGCAUUGUAUGCGACGACUACAAUCGAAUCUAGCUUACCUUGCCGCAAUCGCCGAUCGCUCCCACAAGCCCACAGCUCAGACUCCCUUGCACCCCGCAAUCAUGUUUGCACCAACUCUUACAUAUAAACCCGCGCAUACCAUCCCUAUAUCUGCGCCCACGAAUGACGACGAUCCAUCAUCAAAACCCGAAGAGGGGCACGAAGAUCGGAGAGAGAUUUUAAAGGAGGCAUAUAAACGAUUACAGGCCCUUUAUCCAGGCGUAGAUCCUAAGAAAGAUACACCGGCUGGGCCACCAAACGCAUCAGGUCGGGCACAAGCGCAGGCACAGCAACACGUGAGUCUAAUGCAGGCAGCAGGGCAGAAACAGGGUGACAUGGGGCAGAGUGUACAGAAUAUGACAGGACAAAAUGGGAUGGCGCAAAGUCAAGGGCAGGGACAGGGACAAAUGGUACAAGGCGGCAUGGGCGGCAUGGUUGGUAUGGGCCAAAUGCAGCAACAUCAGCAGCAAGGUCAACAGAAUAUGGGAAUGCCCGGUCUCAACCAAAAUCAAAAUCAAUUGCAGCAGCAACAGCAACAACAUCAGCAAAAGAUGCAAAACGAAAUGAUGAGACAGAGGAUGAUGCAGGAAGCCCAAAAGAAUCAAAUGAUGAAUAUGGGACAAAUGCCAGGAAGAUAA